AUGGUUUACAUCCAUGAUGAUUGUCUCUUUCACAUUCUCACCUUUGUUCCAUCGUUGGAUUUGUUGAAAAAUUGUUUACUAGUUUCGAAACAAUUUCAAGAGAAUGCCAGAAGAGUUUCAUUCACAUUGGAUUUUUCUGCCAAUCUCCGAAUGAGGAAUUAUGGAAUUUCUCUCAAGGAUGAUUCUGAGAAAAAGGCAGAUAAUAAUUGUUUGAUCCGAUUUAAUGUUGAAGAUUUGUUGAGUUGCCAAUAUUUGGAGAGAUUGGAGAGUUUGAAUUUGUCUUUUAAUAAUUUCGGAAGUUAUGGAGCCAAAUUAAUUGCAGAAAGUAAAUAUUUAAUGAAUUUGAGAGAAUUGAUAUUGAAUGGAUGUACUAUUCAUGGAGAGGGGCUCGAUUACUUGUUGAAUAAUGUUGAAUUGGUGUCCAAAUUGACUGGAUUGGGAUUAGCGAGAUGUUGUCUUACAGAUAAAGCUAUUCAAAAGUUGGCAAACAACAAAUCCAACCUAGAAAAUUUGAAAUAUUUGGAUUUAGAAUAUAAUCAUAUUGAAAUGAUUGAAUUUACUAAUCUUAUCCGUAAUUUACCAUGUAAUUUGAAAGAGUUGAAUGUAUCACAUUGUGGUCUUAAUUGUGAUCAAUAUAUCCUUCAAGGGGAUUCAAUUCCAGAGCUCAGCUUGGAGGCUUUAAAUUUAUCAUUUACGGCCAUAUUGGACGAACAUUUAGAAGUAUUGUGUAACAAAUUGAAAAAAUUGAAAACACUCCAUCUAGUAAGAGUAUCAGUGGAUGGAAGUUUUAAAAAGAUUGUUUUGGACAAGUUACCCCAAUUGACCUAUCUUGAUAUUUCAAAUGUUAAUGCAACAAGCAUUCUUUCAGACCUGCGAUCAUGCGAAAAGUUGAAAACCUUGAUUAUGGAUCGAUGUCGGCUCAAGACUUUUGACCAGUUCCAGGAUAGUAAUUACUUGUCAGGAAUUGAAACUCUAUCACUAAUGGAUAAUGUAUUUAAUGAGAGUGUUGUUCUCACUAUUGCACAAACUGCCAAGAAGAGAGGAAUUAAUUUGAACAUUGAUGUUUCCAUAAGUUCUGGACAUCGAAAGAAUUACAGAAAGAUAUUGACAAACUUGGUUGAUAACAAAGUUUCCAAAAUCAACCCAAAAUUUGAAAUAGAGGAUGGCUUGUCUGAUAUUUUGAGCAAAUUUGAAUCUAUAACAUUUAAAAGCCGUGUUCCAUCCUUAAUUAAUUCAUGUGAAUAUUUACGAAAUGUAACCAUCAUUGAUCUUUACGACAAUGAACUUGGAGAUGAAGGUUUCAGAAACCUUUUCACAAAUAAUGUCAUGCACAAUUUAAGAAAAUUGCUGCUUGGCUACAAUGCUAUCAAAGAAAUACCAUCACCAGAAGAAUGUCAUUCCAAUUUGAAAAGCUUAACUCAUUUGGAUUUGAAAUAUAACUUGCUUGGAGAUAAUGGACUUAUUCAACUUGUUAAAAAUCCUCACUUGUCAAAUUUGAGAAUAUUAGAUCUUGAAAUUAAUGGAAUAACUAAGGAAGGAAUCAAAUAUCUUGUUGAAAGUCCCCACAUGUCCAACUUGAAUAGUUUAAAUUUGGAUGGUGCUGGUGGAGGCGACAGCAAAAACCAUGGAAUUCAACAGAAUAAGAUUGGAGAUGAAGGAUUUGAAAUGCUCCUCAAUUCAAAUCUCAAUAACUUGUUAGAUUUGUGUGUUAGUUACAAUGAGUUAGGAAAUGAAUCAGCCAAAGUUCUGGCUAACCACAAAGGAGCAAAGAAUCUUGUUGAGAUAAUCAUGUUCGAGAAUACUUUCAAUGAUGAAGCCAUUCCAUACUUGACAAGUCCAGCCAUUUUUAAACUUCACACCUUGAGAGUUUUAUAUAGUGAAAUUUCCCCUGAAGGAAUUCUUCAAGUUUUAGCCAGUCCUGCCUUCUCUGGUCUAAGUUAUUCCAUCUAA